GUGCCCGCGGUGACAAGGGCGGAUGGCGCUGCGCGGCUCGCUGCGGGCCGGCCGGGCGCUGCUGCGCGCCCCGGGGCCGCCCUUCCGCGGGCUCUGCAGCCGGCCGCCGGCCUUCGGGUUCCUGUUCGAUGUGGACGGCGUGCUGGUGCGGGGCAGCCAGCCCCUGCCCGCCGCCCGCCGCGCCUUCCAGCGGCUGGCGGACGGCGGAGGGCGGCUGCGGGUGCCCGUCGUGUUCCUGACCAACGCCGGGAACUGCCUGCCGUCGGCCAAGGCCCGAGAGCUGUCCCAGGCGCUAGAGCUGCAGGUGUCUCCGGAGCAGGUGAUCCUAUCCCACAGCCCCCUGCAGCUCUUCAGCCAGUUCCACCAGAGGUGCAUGCUCGUGGACGGGCAGGGGCCCGUGGAGGAGAACGCCCGCAACCUGGGGUUCAAGCACGUGGUCACCAUAGAGGCCCUGAGGAAGGCAUAUCCCCUGUUAGACAUGGUGGACCUGAGCCGGAGGCCGAAAGAACUGCCACCUCCAACCACUGGCUUCCCCACUAUAGAAGGGGUGAUUCUGUUUGGCGAGCCAGUGAGGUGGGAGACAAGCCUGCAACUCAUUACUGAUGUACUCCUGAGCAAUGGGAACCCUGGGGCAGAGCUGCAGGAUGUACCAAACCCUCAUCUGCCUAUCCUUGCUUGCAACAUGGACCUCCUGUGGAUGGCUGAAGCCAAGAUGCCCAGGUUUGGCCAUGGCACUUUCCUUCUCUGCUUGGAGAGCAUCUACAAGAAAGUGACAGGCAGGGAGCUGAAGUAUGAGGCCUUGAUUGGCAAACCCAGCCCAGUCACCUACCGCUAUGCCCAGUACUUGAUCCAACAGCAGGCAGAGAAGCAGGGCUGGAAGGCUCCCAUCCGACACCUCUAUGCAGUUGGGGAUAACCCUAUGUCUGAUGUUUAUGGGGCAAACCUCUACAACAACUACCUCAAGUCAGCUCAGCAGAACCAGGUCCAGACUGGGUUGAAGAGGAGCCCACAGGCAGCCAGUUGCCAUGCUGAGGUUUCCCUGGAGCUGGGGAAUGACUGCAACAAUUCAGUGGAGUGCUGCCAGUCGAUUCUGGUCUGCACUGGGGUCUACCGCCACAACAGUGAUGUUCCCAAGAAAACAGCAGGGACAGUGUUCCAUGGACAUCGGGACUUCUGCUUCGAUCCCAGCCUAGUGGAGGCAUCCUAUGUGGUGCAGGAUGUGGAUCACGCUGUGCAACUUGCUUUUAAAAAAGAAAACUGGAGCUAGGGGCUAAGACAGGUGUGCAUGAAGAUCUGCUGUAAGGAGUUUUACUGGAAAGGGAGGAGGGGAAGAAUGGGGAGGGACCUGGGGUGAUUUGCUAAUUAAGCUACCGUUAAAGAAAACUCCCUGUUGCAGCACUAAAAGCCCCUUAAUUUUAUUGAUACUCAUCUGCCGUCCUGACAGCUGCUGACAGACUUUCAACUGUGACCAUACAUUGCUGCAUACAUCUGUAAUUGAGCCAUAAUGGAAACAGGGUAUAAGGAGUAGGCUUGUCCCAACAAUCCCAGUUUUUUUCAGUGCUCACAGCUCAUUCUUUUCCACACUUUUUGUGCAAAGAUCAGGGAAGCCCACCCUCCUCUUUGUGAGGUGUUUGAGGGCAAAGCUCCUCCCCACACAAGGAGCCACCAUCAGCCAUUUGUACAAUGUGCUGUUUAUCCAGGCUGUGACUCCAGCACAACCAGAGGCUGGGCUGUGGUGGCACUGUGCCAAGAGGAGACUUUAAGUCUUAAAAUUCUCCUCGUGAAGGAUAAGUGCCUAUGGACUUUAACAAAUUUUCUUUGCCUGGGGAUUUGCCACUGCAUCAUUGUCAGUCUGAAACAAAGUUCUGUUUUGCAAUCAUCUAGCAGCUAUGGAGAGGCAGGGCCCCUCGAAGCUGCAGUAGCCAGAGCAACUUGCUGCAGGGCUGAGGUGAAAGUUAUAUUGUUCCCUCCCCCCUAUUUAGCAUUCUGUGAACACCCCUGCUUUUUCCCACUAGGGAGACAGCAGCCUGCUCUCAGUAGCAGAGAAAACCACCACAGAGUUUGAAUUGGCAGAGUUGUCUUUGCCCAGACUGAGUGCUGCAGCAAGAGGCUCUUUUGACACCCACUCUGAUUCCAACUGUUGCAAGGAACGUUCACCUACUCCAGCUUCUAAGAGGGGCCCUUCUUUGGAACAAGGGCCAAACGAAAAGAGUCACAGUCUACCUUUGCUCCUUCCUUGCAUGCAAGGAUUCAAAGAGAAGAUCAUCAAGCCAGGAUGGUACCAGAGCCCCAGAUCCCUAGGCCUGAUAUUUUAGAAUACAAAUGUCUGUGUCUUCCAGUUCUUUUGUUCCUGUCAUCCCUCAUGUGCUUUGCAGCUCAGGGAUACCCCAUACAGUCUGACCUCUUGUCCCUCCUCUUUCUUUAACAUGCAAGUGGAAUCCCCCUAACAUGAAUUAGCAGCUGGGACUUGCCUGCCCAGGAACAUUUCCCUAACAACAUGCACCUUCUAUCGCCUCUUCUCCUAGCUCAGGUUAUCCAGAGAAAGAUGUGUCUCCAUAGACAUUCCAAAGAAGAUAAGCAAGGUUUGCAUGAGAAAUUAAUGUGAAAGAUUGGGCUUAGCGAGGAAUGUCUUAAUUCCAGAGGAGCACUGUGAUUUUAGAAGCACAAAUCAGCCUGUGUAUAUGAUGAAAAGCCUUGGAUCCAGCACAACUGAGUGGGUUUUCCUAAUUUCCUAGUCAGCUCACACCACACUGAAAUAUCAGAAGCGGGUCUGCUCUGCCCUCUUCUUUCCUUCUUCCUGCUUUACCAGGCAGCUUCAUACACAGGGUGCAAACAAGAUGUUCUGCACAGAAGUUUGAGUUCUUGAUUCAAAUCUCAGCAUCCAUGUGCACUGAAAUUCUGCUCCAGCAGCUCUCCAUCCUCUCAAUACUGAUGUAUCUUCCUAGGAAGGUCACUGCAGCAUAACCUCUGUUCUUAAGUUUUGCCAGGCUCUGUGUGUGAAGCAGACCGGGUGCUCUUUCAGUUACCUAGGCAAGAGAGUUCCUUCUCUGUUUCUCUGUCCUGCAUGAAUAGGAGCAGAAAAAAAUACUCCUUGCAUGUGUUCCCCUCCUGCAAAAUCCACAGUGGGAAGCAGUUUCUUCCUCUCUUACCACUAUUUGGGGUUCUUCUUCUUUCUCUCAUCAGGAUAAGAAUUGUUUGGCUGCUUCUAAAAGCAGCUAUAAUGGGAGGAACACAGAUUCGAAUCCUUUUCCUUUCACGGGAGAGAGAAUGAAAUUGCCAUUUCAACUCACUGCACAAGACAAGGGCUUGUCUCCAGUUUGCAUAAGAAUAGGCACAGGGAAGGACUUGGAAUAUUACACAGGGAAGGUCCUUGAGCUGCAGCACCCCUCUAGAGUCAUGGCUGUGUUGUGCAUCCAGUGUGCAAGGCCUGAAACUGGAGUCCAAACUCCAUUUAUUCACAGGGUAGCUCCAGUGUCCAUCAGCCUCCCUUUUCAGAUGUGCCAUCCAGUGCAGAAAGAGGAACACUCCCUUUGCUUGCAGUACUUGCUGACUUGGGUGGUAACUUCCAUGGGAUUCCUUGGAAUGGUCCUCAUAGAUAGAUCUCAGGGAGCUGGUUGCUGGCAGUAAAAAUGAGCCACACCUUCAGUGUGUGGGUGCUGACUGCAGAAAUGCUGAAGUCUGUCCAUCUGAAGCCAGCCUUUGGCAGAGCUCUGUCUCAUUGCUUGUCAAAAGUGUGGUGCCAGUUACUCAGAGAAAAGGUGCUGCUGAACCACUGUGCCCUCAGGGCUGUGGCACCUCUUCCAAGGAAGGAAGAGGUUUGUACAGAGAGGGAGCCAGGCAUCUCCAUCUUUGGAAUAGCAGCGGAGGUGAGCUGAGUGAUGUGAAUCUGCUUCAGAUGCCAAAUCUGCUUUUAGCUCUGGAUUUGGGUUUUUUUCCACCAGUGUUCUUUGAGCGUUAAAAGUGCAUAGGAGGAACUCCAGUGAUAAGGAAUUUAAAAAAAAAAAAAAAAGCUUUGCUUGCGAGUUGAAAUUGAACAGAAGGGAGGAGAAGGAAUCUAGAAAUAUCUUGUACCCUUUCCCUAAUUCAUACCAAGUAAGGUUGCAUAAAAAACUGUGCAUUGUUGCUCUCUGCACUAAUUGACCAGAUGGGCUGCCCUUGGUCUGAGCAAUGCAAAGAACUUUUCCCUCCUCUCCUUUUCAGCUCCUUGAAACAGUGCACUUUGUCCAAGUCCCUGCCUGGGAAUUGAGUGGACCCACUGGGUAGAGUAGGAAAUCUGGUUUCUCCAGCUGCUGUUGGACACUGGCUUGAUUCUGAAAGGUUUCUAUUAAUGAAAUUGCUUGGCAGGUGUCCUGUAUUCCAUGAGUUGCACUAGAGUGCUGUACAGGCUUGUAACUUACCUCCAGUUCAUUUAUGGACAUCUGUUAUUGCCAGUGAAAUCCUUUUUCCUUGAACUGCGGCUUCCUGGAAUUAGCUUCCAGCAUGGCUGAAGCAAAACUCUUCCUUUGUCUCAUGUAUUGCUCAGAAGUGGCAUCUCUGAAGUACUAUUUCUGUCCUUUGGAGCAGUCAUCCUUCUAUGCAGAUUAUGGGACUAAGCAGGAAAGGGGACUUCAUUGCUCAUCCAAUACCUUAAUAUUUAUGUGGUGCACUGCCCUGUACAACAAAGACGGCGAAAACCUGAUCCUAACAACUCCGUAUUCCAAAGAUGAACAGGUUUUAGUCAAGCCAGAAGGGAGUUUGCAACUGAGAAUAGCAGGAAGGAACCAAGGGAUAGACAUUGUUUUGGAUCUGAAGCAAAGUGCUUUUAUGGCAUGCAGUAAUAUGGUGGCCAGAGAAGUAAAUUCCUUUAUUUGACAGGAUACAUGCAACUACUACCCUGGCAUUUAGGGCACCAAAUAACACUAAUGUCCCCUCCCUUCCCAUCCUAAUCCUGCCAUGUCUUUCUCCCUCCAGUAAAUGCUAAAUGUUUCAGAUUGUGUCAUGUGCACUACAAAAGAGUGAUUAUAUGUCAUUCAGAGAAAUCACAAACUAUGGUUAUUUUAGAUUUCAUAUUCAUUUCAAUGCAGUUACAGAGUUGCUACUUUGUUCAAGCACAUAUGUAAAAUAAUAAUAAAAGUUCAAGCACAUACAAAAAUAAUAAAAGAUGUUCUCUUUGAAAUAAAUUUUAACUUCCUG